UCAGACGGUGUUUCCAUGCACAGCGAAGCAGAUCCACUGGAUAGAAAACUCUUUAUCUCAGUGGAUUCACGCUGGAAAUUUGGAUAUUAUAUGAAUUACACCAUUGAUUGACGGAUUGGUUGAUUGAUUACUUUUGGCUGCUUCUCUCAGGUGGUUCAAUGCUGACCGGUUGAUUCCAGAGCGACAGCUUCCGGACAAACUGUUGUUAGACUGACAAGAUGUUGACCAUCUCAGUGCUCCUGUUGCCGUGGCUGCUCUCCUCUCCGCUUGUCUCCUCCUCUCCUCUGGCCAAGGUCCGGUCAGUGUGCGACAGGACUUUUUGCGGUGCAGGUCGAGAGUGUGUAUCGACCGACCGAGGAGAACCCGUCUGUAGAUGUUUACAGCAGUGCGACGUGGCGGAGAACUGGGUGUGUGGCAGCAACGGACGAACCUACAGGAAUCACUGUGAGCUGCACAGGGACGCCUGCACCACCCAAAACAAGAUACACGUGCAGCACCGAGCACGCUGUCUGGAGAAACCAACGGAGACAGAUGUGAGCCCCAUGGCGUGCUUCCUGUCGCAUCGUGAUUGGCUGAGAGAGAGCGCGAUGCGGUGGAUCCAGGAGGAGGCUCGAUCGGGCGACGAGGCCUCGAACGUCACCACGGCCGACGCGCUGCUGCAGACAUACUUCAAGACGUACGACGACGGGGACUCUGAGCUCGAUUCCAAAGAGUUCCUGAGCUUCCUGAAGCAUAAUGAGACGACCCUCAACCUCACGUACUCCAGCACUCUGGAGACUAACACUCUGCUGAGGUCUUUGUGCGUUGACGCUCUGAUCGAGCUCUCGGAUGAAAACGCAGACUGGAAGCUGAGCUUAACGGAGUUCAUCAACUGUCUGACCCCCACCUACCACCCCUACGAGAGAAAGUGCGCUCUGGAGGACGAGGUGUUCGAGGACGGUGCUGAGACUCGGAUGGAGUGCAACAAGUGUGUGUGCGCUUGUGGAAACUGGGUCUGCACGGCGUUGACCUGCAAUGGAGAGCACCGGGUGGAGGAGGACGUUAGGGAAGGAGCAGAAGAAGAAAUGACAGAGGAGGAGUGGAGCAGCAGAGUGGCUGAGCUCAACACGUUGCAGGACGACUCAGCAAAAUCAAAUAGUCCUUAAGCUCCUCAAGUUGUGAUAAAAACAACUAUAUGAAUACACAAUUUAUUUAUUUUUGUAAACAUUUGAACACAACAUUUUUAAAUAUACCGCAACACAAUUUAACACAUUUUAUAAUUUUGCCACAGCGGACAUGAGUCUACAUUUCUCUAAACAACAACUACAUUUCUAUGAUAUCAGAUAUGUUUAGUUUAGUUUCUAUGUUUACUUGUAAACUUCUGACGGAUUCAAUGUGGUUUAACUUGUUUUUUAGAUGCGUUAUUUUGUGCGUUCAGGUUGAGAAAUAAAUGUUGGAAAUGAACUGUUUCUCCAAUAAAGACUUUAUUGUACAGCAAA